AUGCGCGUCGCCCGCCGCUGCCUGCUGCCGCUGCCGACACCAAUGGGGCAUCGGGGCUUGCUUCUCCCCCUGCUCCUCGCCGCGCUGUGCUUCUCUGGCGCCGCCGCCGCCGCCAAGCACGGCAGCAAGAAGUCGUACGCCGCCAUCUUCAGCUUCGGGGACUCGCUCUCCGACGCCGGCAACCUCAUUGUCAACGGCACCCCCAAGGCGCUCACCACCGCCAGGGCGCCCUACGGCAUGACCUUCUUCGGCCGCCCCACCGGCCGCUGCUCCAACGGGCGCGUCGUCGUCGACUUCCUCGCGGAGCAUUUCGGGCUGCCCCUGCCGCCGGCGUCGCAGGCCCACGGCACGGACUUCAGCAAGGGCGCCAACUUCGCCAUCACCGGCGCCACGGCGCUGGACUACGCCUUCUUCAAGGCGCACGGCAUCGACCAGCGCAUCUGGAACACCGGCUCCAUCAUCACCCAGAUCGGCUGGCUCCAGAAGAUGAAGCCCUCGCUCUGCAAAUCGGAGAAAGAGUGCAGGGAUUUCUUCAGCAAAUCCCUGUUUGUGGUGGGGGAGUUCGGGGGCAAUGACUACAACGCUCCGUUGUUCUCCGGCGUCGCCUUCUCCGAUGUGAAGACCUACGUGCCGCUGGUCACCAAAGCCAUUGCCAACGGCGUCGAGAUAUUGAUCGAGCUUGGGGCAACAGACCUAUUGGUACCUGGAAUUCUCCCGAUUGGGUGCUUCCCUCUGUACCUCACACUGUACAACAGCAGCAAGAAAUCGGACUACAAUGCGCGCACUGGGUGCCUCCGGAGAUACAACCGUCUGGCCUUCCAUCACAACAGGGACCUCAAGCAGAAGCUUGAUGAGCUCCAGAAGAAGUACCCAAAGACAAAAAUCAUGUACGGUGAUUACUUCAAAGCCGCAAUGCAGUUUGUCGUCAGCCCUAAAAAUUUCGGUUUCAGCACGGCUUUGCAAGCAUGCUGCGGCGCUUCAGGGGAAGGCAGCUACAACUUCAACAUGAAGAAGAAGUGCGGCGAGGCUGGUGCUAGCGUGUGCUCUAACCCAGCGUCGUACGUGAGCUGGGACGGCAUCCACAUGACCGAAGCAGCCUACCGCAUGGUCGCCAACGGUUGGCUCAACGGCCCCUACGCUUCUCCCCCAAUCAUGAAGUGACAUUAUAAUUCAGAUGGUUAACUAUAUGUAGCGUCCCCGGUGCUGCUAGGGGAAAGUGGAUACGAGGAGUGCUUCAGGCACUGAAGAAAUUAAGCUAUUGGUUUACAUUGCUUAGUUUGAGGGAUUGUAUAAACUGUCCCGGUAUAGAUAUGUUUUCCCAGCUGAAAGAUGUAGUACAGAUGU